UAUUGAUAAACACCAUCAGCUCAACUCGGACUGUUCAUUUUCGCCAAAACUCACCCAGCAAACAGAUUGAAUAAUGACUUGCACGAAGAUGUUGUUAAGCGCGGCUGUUAUUGUCCUGGUUUUGCUGUCAAGUUUCUGCGCGACUUACGGGCAGUCAGAGUGUAGCAACUAUGUGACUCUCAACACUAUCGACCGCUCGCAAAACUCACAUAACAACGGUAAUGUCCAGUGUGACAGCGGCCUUAGCGGAUGGUACCGCAUCUCCGGUGACGCAGGGUACCGCAUGCCGACAUCGUGUACGCGGGAAUUUUACUGUGGUACAGAUGCUGCCGGCUGGUUGAACGGCGCACACCCUUCAGUCGCUGACGGAGUUGUCACCAGGACAGUUUGUUACAGCUACAGGAAUGAUUGCUGCAUGUGGAGCAACAACAUCCGCGUGAGGAACUGCGGCGAGUUCUACGUGUACGAGUUAAGUGCACCGCCAGGCUGCUUAUUUCGCUACUGCGGCAAUGGAGCAGCAAGUAAUUGCCGUAAUGGCGGAUAUUGUAACUAUGGAGGCACGUGCCAAAUAGACGAAUCAGGUGGACGAUGUGCAUGUCUGCCGGGGUAUACUGGAGCGCGAUGUGAAACAGGUUAUGGUAAUAACAUCACAUGUGGCGAGAACUUCAUGGAGAUCGAGUUGGACAGAACCGUGUACAGUUCUGACCCCCAGGACUAUCAUCUGAGGCACAAGGAGUGUCGAGGCCGAGUGCAGGGUGACGCCAUGGUGCUGAGGACACGUCUGGACGACUGCGGUACGACUCACCAGCAGACCAGCAACACCAUCACCUACACCAACGUGGUCAGCACGUACUACAAAGAAGAGGACGACCGCAACUCGUCUGGAAUAACUAGAGCACGGAAUUUUCACUUUCCGUUCACUUGCUCCUACGGACGAAGACAAACAGUCAGUAGCUCAAGCUACAGCCACGUAGGGAGCUUUAUGGCGUCUGAAGGCUCGUACGGCAACUUCACGUUCAAGAUGGCUCUCUAUCGUAACCAAAGCUACAGCUCAUCAUACGAGUCUCGCGAGUAUCCAAUCAGCAUCGCGCUCAACGAGCCCCUCUACGUGGAGUACAGUGUGACGUCAUCCACAGCGAACAUCGUGGUGUUUGCCGAGACGUGCCGUGCGACCACCACAGGCAAACCGAACACCUUGCCUCAGUACGACUUUGUGAAGGAUGGCUGCGCGGUGGACGACACGAUGACGUAUAACUACACGCUGAACCGAGUGCAGAGGUUCACGAUCCGCUCAUUCCGCUUCAUUGCCAACCACCCCGUGAUCUAUCUGCACUGCUUCCUUAUGGUGUGUCACACGAACGCCUCAGACUCACGCUGCCAGAGAGGAUGUGCUCAACCAAUGAGAGCGCGCCGACACAUCGAGUCUGGAAUGCACGACAGCGUGACUGGAAUUAGUGACAGCGUGACUGGAAUGCGUGACCGUGUGCGACGUGAUACAGUCGUUGAUGGCUCCAUGUUGUAUGAGAUCACACCGGGGCCCAUAAGAAAGAAGGCAGCGGAAGAAAAAGAUAAGAAAAGGGCUUCCACCAAAGGACAGGGUGGUGCCAACUUGAGCCCAGCCCUGGUGGGGGUGGGGGCGACGUUUGGCGGUCUGUUUCUUGUGGUCUGCGCCAUCUUGGUUUUCGUCCUUUACCGGAAGAGAAUCAAACCGGAAGUGCCUGUCCAGAUGGGUCAUGUGACCUCCUACGAGCAAAGCGGUGUGACGGAUGACGAAGGACCGUCCAAGUGACACGUGACUACCGAAAUUGUUUUUGUCACGUGUUAAGCGCGUCACGUUACAUUUGCACCUGGAUUGAUUUAUGAACACUUUUCUUAGAUAGUAUGGAACAUAGUUUGGCGACAAUUAUUAACUCCAAAUAUUUUAUGCUUUUAUUAAUCUGUAGGUAUCCUUAACAGGACAAAUAUCAUAUCGCAGAUUCACCAUAAAGAAUCUAUUUUAUGGUUAUUUGCCUUCUAGAAACACAGUUUUUGAUAGGGUCAGGAAUUAAACAUAUCAUUUGUAGCUUGCUUUAGUUCGAUGCUACUUUAUUAUAUGCCAGAGUGUUAUAAUUUCAUUACAUACAAAUAAAUACUGGAAAGCGCUUCAAAA